AAAAGAAAACCAUUGAUUUAGAUUGAAUGAAGGGAUGUAGCAGGACUUGUGUGGUUUUACUAGUGAUACAUCUAGGAUAUCAAACUGAUAACAAGGCUCUAUGUGGUGGCUUGAGAAAACUUAAAGCUUGAAGAAUAUUUAUAAAAUGAGUGAAGAUGAUCCAAAGUCAUCAAAGGAUGGGAAACCUAACAGGACAUUCAAUCCAAAAUGUUUGUUUCUAAUGAUCACCAUAACAACAAUUGUAGUGAUCAUGACAAUGGCUUUUAUAAUAUUCAUGGCACACAUACUCAUGGUAGCAGCGUUGAUCCCCAAAAGAACAUAUAGCUCUUACUUCAUGCCAUACAAAAUGAAUUUUGAUGCUUUACUAGCAAAUAGGAGAGUGAACAUGAAAAAAUAUGAAUAUGAGCAUAGUACGAAAGGUAUCGAUCGGAGAUUUGGACUUACUGUAGAUGAGUACUAUGAUGUGUAUGAUGGCAAAUGGCCAGUGAUAAUAACAGAUUUGGUUCCCAAUUGGCCUGCCAUGAAUUGGAAUAAAGGCUUCUUUAUAAAAUAUUAUGGUAAAACUCUUGUGACUACAAGGACAACAUUAACAGGAAAACUAAAAGAUGCCAGUGGUACAGCAAUAGAGUUAGAGAACUAUCUUGCCCACUCUCACGAAGGCACAGAUGAAAGUUGGAGUUAUUUUGAAGAUGAGCUGUUCUUGUAUAUGCGUCCAGACCUUCUAAAAGACAUUAUAUCACCUGUUUAUCUGAAGGAUGAUCUCUUCAUGUUAUUCCCAGAGGUUCUACGUCCAUAUAAUGCUAUGUUACUAUGGGGUAGUCCAUAUUCCCGAUCCACCCUUCACAUGGAUCCUUACAACUGGACUGGUACCAAUGCAGUAUUAAAGGGACAGAAAAAUUGGAAGGAUUUUGUACUCCUGGGUAUCGCAACUUUAGGAACAAAGGCCAGAUUAACCAGGACACAGCUAGUCCCUGGAGUAGGAGCAAUCAUAACAUACCUUGGAGCAGGAGCUGGAGGAGCACUUGCACUGGAGGUGAAUGAAAUCAAGUUGGAAGUUGGUUGA